AAUAAGACCAAACAAGCCGUUCAGUUCUUGAGGAGUAUUAAGGCCUGGAAUGACAUCGAAAAGGUCUAUAAGUCGAAGCGAUUGAGAGCCGGAAAGGGAAAGAUGAGAGACAGACGUCGCGUCCAAAGACUCGGACCCGUCAUUGUCUACGGCAACGACUCGGGACUCACGAAGGCUUUCCGUAAUAUUCCAGGAAUCGAGACCAUUAACGUGGAAAAGCUGAAUUUGUUGCGUUUGGCUCCGGGAGGACAUGUCGGACGGUUUGUCAUCUGGACUGAGAGUGCGUUCAGAAAAUUGGAUGAGUUGUACGGCACCUGGAAGACUGAGUCCAAACUCAAGAGACACUACAAUCUCCCGCAGCCGAAGAUGUCUAACACAGACCUCUCGAGGAUUCUCAAGAGCGACGAAAUCCAGAAGGCUUUGAGACCGAGA